AUGGGGGCUUUUAGGCAGCAAAAUAGCUGUGUCACAGCUUUGGUUGCCAUUUUGAUUAACCUUGUGUUCAUAAAAGAGAGAAAGGAAGAAGAAGAGCGUAAGAAACUCGGAGAAGAGAAAGUUGAGGAAGACGAUGAAGAUGAUGACAUUGUUGGUGGCGGUAACCCAUGGAAAACUCUCACUUCUGAAGAGUUGAAGAAAAAGGAUGAUCAGUAUAAGCAAGCUAAAGCUAAAGAAAAAGAAAGACAAAGAAAACUAGAUGAAUUGGCAACUCAGGAAAAAUCACAUAAUAUUAUAUCAAAUGAAAAGUCUGGCACACCAAGAAACUUUACAGCAGAUGAUGAUGAUGAUAUUAGAGCUCCUAGAUCAUCCAGAUCACUGUUUGGUCUAGGCUGGAUGAAUGGAGCCCUAUCAAAUGGUACAGGGGAAGAGGGAAGUAACUCUAGUAGGCCUGGUAGACAGUUAUUACCUCCCCUGGAAGGUGUUUCAAGUGGAAAUAGUCCAAGGGGAAAGAAACCAAAUAAAAAGCUUAAAAAUAAAGUACAGUCUUAUGAUGGUCCUGGCUACAACAAUGACAGAAAUAAUUAUGUACAUAAUACAUCAUCAGUGUCCACAAUUCAUGUAGAAUCUGUUCACCCUGAUGAUAGUGAUGAUGAUGAUGAUGAUUCUGCCCAACAGAUUUCAGGGAGACCAGAUUUUUUCAGGAACAGUAAAGGUCUGUAUAUAGAUGACAGAAAAGUGAAACAGGGUUCACCAGAUAGUGGUAGGAAAAAGAAGGGAAAGAAAAAGAAGCCUCAGUUAUCGUCAGAUGGUGAAGAAGGGUUUGAUACAUUACGACACAGUCAGCAUUUAGAUAAUGACAUUGACAGAUAUUCUAGUCACAUGCAUGAUGCCAGAGAUUCCCCUGAUGGUAGAAUGGCAAAUGGCGAUAUUGAGGAAAGAUCAAACACUCCAGUUAAAAAGCUGAAGAAAAAGAAGAAACAUCUACGCAAAAAUAAACUAGCGCCCUCUGAUGAUGAGUUUGAGCUAUCAGAUGUACAGACGACACCAAAGAAAGAACCUAUACCAUGGGUGAGAAGUCCGAGCCCUAGGAAAAUGUUAGAUGAUGAAGACUCACAUACAAACUGGGGAAUGGUAGAAGAUCUUGCACCGGCAGAUCAGGUUCAACAAUUCGGCAGAUCUCGACCAAACUUUGACAGCGAAGAUGACCUCAUUUUAUGAUAGCAAGAUUAAAUUGGCGCUCAUUAUAUUUCUGUGAUUACAGCUGCUCAUACUUUCCUCCAGAUACUCCCUGUGGAUACUGUUACAACAUUGUUUAUUAACUCGUGAACAAAACUCAUUGUAAUACCAACCAAUCUAUAGACUGAUGCCCUGAAUCCAGGACCAAAUAUUGUUGUGCUUCAAUUUUCCCAUGGUUUUAGAACAUAACUAUAUAGGAAUAUGGCUUUAAUAGAUUCAUUGACCAGUGUUGCUUUUAAACAAUUACUUGAGAACAUAUAAUAUUUUGUGUAAAGUUCAGACCAUUAAGAUAUGAUGUUAUUGUUUUACCUGAGUAUGCCAACCUGCUGUACAGUUUUCUUGAAUGCAUUUAGUUGAUAUAUGAUGUUACCAUAUUAUUUAUGAAAAAUUGUUAAUGUUUCUGUUAAGUCUUAUAUAACUCAUGAAAAGAAAUUUGGAAAUAUGUAUCCUUUAUGGUACAUUUGUAUAAUGAUUGUUAUUAUUAUUAUUCUCAUUAUUAUUAUUAUUAUUUUUAUUAUUAUUAUUAUUAAUAUGAGCUCAAUUAGACAGAGAAUAGGUAGGGCUAUCAUACUCAUCCUGGCAUCAGUGUUGAUGUAACACUUUAUACAAGUUUUACCUGUAAUGUCUUAGUAACCACUGGAAGAAUUCACUUGAAACUUGAGACGUGUCAUAAAGGACAUAAUUGUUGGACUGACCAAGACACAUAAGUAACAUGGUUUUUUGUGAAUUAUACCCUUUGGUGAAUCAAGAAAUUUCUGAUUGAAGAAGCUCCAUUAUGGUAAAAAGUAUUAAAACUUAAAAAUUUGAGAAAUACAUCCUCUGGAGGCCUUAAUAUGGACAAAUAUGAAAAAGAUAAUUAAGAAAUAUACUCAAAAAUAAAUUUAAAAUAAAUUGAUAUUAAUUGCAAUUCUUAGCCAGAUUUGAGUUAAAGUGUUUAAACGCCUUUUAUAUUAAGGUCAUUUUGCACACACAACAAAAAAAUAUCUUAACAGAUUGAGCAAAUGAUCUGAAAUUUUGCAUAUAAGUAUAGACUCUACAUCAAAAAGUAUGAAAAUCUAAAAGAAACAAUCACACACAAACAUUCCCAGUCCUGUUAUGUCAAAAAACCUCAGGUAGCAUGCAAGUUUUAUCUACAAUUUUUAAUGAUUUCAUUUCAAUCUUCAAAUUUCCCUGCCAGCUUUAGCAAGGAUAUCUUCUGCAUCAUUCUCCUCUGUGAACUAAGUAUUGCCCCUGUUAUAUUAUCAACCAAUGAGAAUAGUUAAAGGGAUGACUGUACAUAUGCAAUGUUCAUUUUGUUUAUUUAUAAUAAAGUGUAAAGUGUAACCAUAAAAUAUGUGUAUAUUACAUAUAUUUUUCGGAGCCAAGGCCUAUAAGCGUUAUUCUGAGGUUAGUGUUAUAAUGGGACAUGUUAUAACGGGGUGGCAGUGUAUUUCUAAGGAUUUGCUAUCAUUAAAGACAUGUUAAACUAAAACAUAUAAAAGCAUUCUGUGAUAUUACACUAUAUGUAUAUGUAAUUGUGCUAUCUAUGCAAAUAUACUCGAUGUAAAGUUUAUAUAUGUAUAUGGUGUAAUCACCUUACCUAGCUUACAGUUUAUAUAAAUGUUUAGCACAAAUAGAUUGUGAAUAGUUUCCAGUCCCAACUCUCUUAUAGUUUAGUUACUGUUUACAUUUAUCUAUUUCUUAAUUUUUCUCUAAAAUCAUUUCCUUUGUAGUAAAUCUAGUUCU